AUGCGAGUAAGCAUCCAUUUGCGUCUCGCGUCCCACCUCUCCUCCUUCCCUCUCCCCUCCCCACGGCAGGCGGCGGGGGCGGUGGCGUGCGCGCGGAGGGGGUGGGUGAACUGCGACGUGGACAUGCUGGCGUGCGAGGUGUGCCACGCGCGCCUCAGCUUCUGUGUGCCGCCCACGUGGUCCAGAGCUCAAGUGGAGCGGGCGGCGACGGAAGUCGCAGGGCGGCUGGAGUCGGCGCACAGGCAGCACUGCGCGUGGCGGGGCAACGAGUGCGACGAGGCGCUGCUGCUCUUCCCCCCCCAGCCGCCCGCCGCGCUGGCCGCGGCCGUGUUUGAGCGCUGCCAGGCGCUGCAGCAGCUGGCGCGCCUGCCCGCGCUGGCGCCCGCAGCGGUGGAGCGCAUGCGGCGCUGCAGCCCGCGCGCCCUGGACGCGCUGCUGGCGCUGCCCGCCCUGCCGCUGGGCGCACCGUGGGACGACCCCGUGGGGCGCACAGCCACGCGCGUCACGUCAGACGCCGCUGCUUACAUCGAGGUGCGUGCCUUGCCUCUCCGCACUCCCCCUCACGUCAACAACCCUGCCUGUGCGCUCGUCUGUCCCCCACUCUCACACGCCUUGCCCCACCCCACGUCUCCACGGCCCCACGGCUGCACAUUGCUCGUGCGUGGGCAGGUGCAGCGCAUCAUCGCGGUGUGCGGGUGGGAGCCGCGUGCCCUGGGCGUGCAGCCUGACGCGCACGACCCGCCGCACGCCCACCACCGCCACCCGCCUGCACACCCCACCGCCCCUCUGCCCGCCCUGCCCCCCCAUGGGCGCGCGCACGUGCCUGCGCGCCCCCCUCCUGGCAUCCCUGCGAGCGCGGCGGUGCUGCAGUGCGCGCUGUGCGGCGCUAGCGUGGGCGUGUGGAAUUACUCCACGCUGCCCCGCCCCCCCGCCCCCCUCGCCCUCCCCCCCGCCUCGCCCCAGCUCUCCGCCCGCCAGGGGCCACCAGGGGAGGAGGGGGCGAGGGAGCGGGAGGUGCAGGCGGAGAGGGGCAGUGAGGGAGGGGCGGGGAAGGCAGAGGAGGAGCAGCGGGAGGGCGAGAGUGGGGCGCGGAAGAGUCUCCCCCCCGCUCCUGCAGCAGCUGCCAUCAUUAUCGCGCCGGUGGGGGGAAUGAGCAUCACGAGCCCCCCGCACAGGGCGGGGCUGGGCGCAGGGGGCUUGAUAAGGGGGCGGUGGGCAGUGUCCCAGAGGCAGGGGGGCGCGGGGGUGGCGGAAGGGAUGGGGGAGGGCUCGGAGGAAGGGGUGGGGGGAGCGAAGGAAGGGGAUAGGGUAGAGGGGGAAGCGGAGGGAGGUGCAGGGGCAGAGGGCACGGAGAGGGACAUGGGACCACAGGUGGUCACUUCGCCCAGGCGGGUGCAUGGUCGGCGGGAAGGGGAGGAGGCGAUGGAAGAGCAAGAAAUCGCUGCCCCGCUUGCCGUUGCAUCGGCUGCCCCUGUUCUGCCUGUUGCCGAUGCUGCUACCCCUGCUACUGCCACUGCUGUGUCUGCUGGUGGUGCCGGUGGUGGUGUGGGUAGGAGAGCGGCAGCAGGCAGCAUGGGCGCGCCUGCCUCUGUGGUGAGGAGGCGGAAGCAGGGGAUGGAGGCGGGGGGGGCGACAGCAGGUGUUGAGGCGGAGGCUGUGCGCCCUGCUGCCCCCGUGGCAGCAGCGCUGUCAAAUGUAGGCAGCGCCACGCCACUCGGAGCUGCCUCCGCUGCUGCCCCACCACCGCCUUCCGAGCACCGCCCACCAUCGCCAGCAGCUCCAGCAGGAGGAGGUGCAGCAGGGGGAGCACCAGCGGGUGCAGCAGGGGGAGCGGGCGGGGUGGCACUGGACCUGGGUCUGACCAUCGCUGGCGGCCUCCCUCCCACGCACCUCUCCUCUUCGCCCCCUCCGCGCCCCUUCGGCUCUGCCUCCGCCCUCCCCCUCUUUGGCGCCGGCCUGCCCAUUCCUGGCUGCCACCUCAGCGGGCCUGCCGGCGCCAGUCUGGGGGCGGGCGGCAAGGCAGGCGCAGGGGGAGGAGGGGGAGGGGGAGGGGGAGUGGAAGGGGGCGGGGGAGGGGAACCAGCAGGGAGAGUUGGGGUAGAGGGGGAAGGGGGUGGAGAGGGUGGGGGAGAGGGAGGGGGCGUGGGCGCAGAGGGGUUUGGGCAGUGUUUGGGCGAGGUGAGCUUUGGGCGGGGGGGCGUGGCGGUGCUGCCGAUGAACAGUGCGGAGGGCGUGGUGGCGGAGAUGGAGGAGGUGUCCUCCGAGGAGGCCGAGGUCGAGGGCUCUCUGCGCGCCCGCGCCGCCCGCGCCAGGGGGGACCCUCGCCGCGCCGCCGGCAGCAAGGGUGCGCAAGAGGGCGAGGCGGAGGGGCCAGCGGGCGGGCGCGCAGGCAGGGGGGCGUGGGGCAAGGAGGGGGGGGAUGAGAACGAGAGGAUGGAGGGGGGCGAUGAGAGUGGAAGGGGGGAGGGGUGUGGGGAGACUCAGCGGCUGGAGGGGGGCAAUGAGACCGGCAACGAGGGGGAGGGCGCGGGGGCAGCAGUGGCAGCACAGCAGAGCCGGCACGAGGGGGCUAGACCUGACAUCAUUGCGUGCGUGAGCACGGGUCCCACGCAGGGCAGCAGCAUGCAGGGCGGUGGCGGUGGCGGGGAGGGCGGUGGCAGGGGUCGUGUGGAGCAGCAGUUGUCGGCAGCGGCGUUUCUUGUGCCGUCCACACGUGCACCGGCUGCCAGCACGGCAGGAAGGGGAGGUGUAAGUGGGGAAGAAGGUGUGCCUGGAGGUGUGGCGUCAGCGGCAGGCAGUGGGGCAGUGGGGUGUAGUGCGGUGGGGCACGGGGAUGGCACACAGCAGCAGCGGAGCAGGGCGGUUGAGGGGCAGGGGAGGCGAGGGCGGGCGGCAGAGGGCAGGGCGGGCGGCAGUGAGUUCCUGGAGCCGCCUCAGAAACGGCGCCACGUGGACGCGUCCUCCUCCCACGCGCCCCGCCCCCCUGCCUCGCGCACUGCCUUGGGCGUGGGGCCACGAGGCAAGGCUGCGGGCGCAGGGGGAGGAGGGGCUGGGAGAGGGGUGGUUGGAGGGAAGGGGGCGGGGGGCAAGGGGGCAGCGCAGGGGGGGGUGGCGGGGGCGGGAGGGCAGGGGGGCGAGGCAUCCAAUGCCGCGGACCAAUCGGAGUGA